AUGGCAUGUGCUACUGCUGCUGCUGAUUAUAAUGAUGGCGAUGGAGCUGCUGCUGGUGGUGGUGGUUGUGGUUAUGACGACAGUGAUGAUGAUGAUGAUGAUGAUGAUGCCAGUAGUGGUGGUUAUGAAGACAGUGGUGGUGAUGAUGAUGAUGAUGCCAGUAGUGGUGGUUAUGAAGACAGUGGUGGUGGUGAUGAUGAUGAUGAUGCCAGUAGUGGUGUAAUGUAUUUAUUGGUUAAGUGUAAUGAUGGUAGUAACUGUGAUGAGUGUGGCAGUUACUGUGAUGUGUAUUGCAGAUAUUGUGACGGUAAUUACUUUGGUGAUUGUGGUAGUUAUGUUGACGGUAGUCACUUUGGUAAGUGUGGUAGUUAUGAUGACGGAAGUUACUUUGGUAAUUGUGGUAGUUAUGAUGACGGUAGUCACUUUGGUGAAUGUGGCAGAUAUGAUGACGGAAGUUACUUUGAUGAUUGUGGUAGUUAUGAUGAUAAGAGUCACUUUGGUGAAUGUGGUAGUUAUCAUGACGGUAGUCACUAUUGUGAUUAG